AUGGGGUAGUGUACCACAAAGUUACUAAAUUAUUUGUUUCCAAGACCAAAAUUAAUUUUGCUUUUGGGUCAUAAUGGAGCAGGUAAAACUACAAUUUUAGAUCAAAUUAAGCAAGUGGAUUAGCAGAUUUAAAGCGUAGAGUUGCCCCCUUAAGGCUUUUUAUUAGAUCAAUUGGACAUAUCUGAUGAUAUUUAAAUUUAAUCUUGGGAUCAUAAUCCAAACUGGUUUAAUAAGGGUUUAUAGACAAUGUUCUAUCAAGAUGCUUCUGCUAUUGUCUAUGUGAUUGACAGUUCAGAUAUUUCAAGAUAAGAAGAAUUCAAGCUAGAUUUCUGGAAAAUAAUAAACGAAGAAUUUCUAAGAGAUGAUGUGAUAGUAUUAAUUGCUAACAAAAUGGACUUACCAGGAAGUUUAAGAGUAGAGGAAAUUCACAGGAUAUAUGAACUAGAUAAAUUUAAAAACAGGCCAUUUAAAUUGGUCUAGUCUUAAAUCAACGAUAAAGAAUCCUUAAACGAGAUUUUUCAAUGGAUAUAUAGAACAAUAAAUACUACUUGA